AUGCCUAUGCCACGACGCCGAUCGUCUUUCCUGGGCCAGGCUGCUAAUGAGUGGCCGGGUGGUAUGGGCCGCACGAGCAGGGUAGGGACCUCUGCACCCCGGGGGGUGUUCGUAGGGAUGACCGCCACCGGUGGACCCAGCUGCCUGGGUGCACGCGUGUCCCGCAGAGCUCUGGGCAUCAGCAGCGUGUUCCUGCAGGGCCUCAGAACUAGCGUCCCUGUGUUGACCCAGCACGGUGACAGAGGCCACCAGUUUAGCUUCGACAGUCUCAACACAUGCCUGCUGGAGUACCGUGAUAAAGUUCACGCUCUGGAAGAGCUUAACCAGCAGCUGGAGGAACAGAUCAGACACUGCCUGGAUUGUAAAGCCUCUGGCGCCGGGACGUGGGGCAGCCUAAAGCAAGACUGGGAGGAUGUUUAUAUACAGGUUAGUGACACUAUCCUGGACAACGCUCGACUUAUGCUCCAGACUGAGAACGUUCAAGCUAAUGCAGAGGACUUUAAAGAGAGGUAUGAGAAUGAACAGCAAUUUCGGAAGGCGGUGGAGGACGAGAUUAAUUCACUGUACAAGGUCAUCGAUGAUGCAAACUUCACCAGGGCUGACCUGGAGAAUCAAAUUGUAAGCAAGAAGAAUGAACUGAUGGAUCUGGAGCACAUUCACACUGAGGAUGUCAGAGCACUUUAUAAGCAGUUGGCUGGCCAUGAGGUAGAUGAACCACUUGGUCCCAUUGAGACCAGUCUGGACCAGAUUCUAGCUUUCAUUCGUUCCCACUGGGAGAAGGUCAUCGAGAAGAUCCGUGCUGAAAGCGAUGCCUACCUUGAGUGCAAGCAGGCUGGUAGUGUGACCAGUAAGCUAAGUCGAGAAGAGGAGGAGCUUGAGGGGCUUAAGACGGAGUGCAAUGAUGCCGGGUGUAAGAUUCAAAGUCAUCAGGCCGAGAUUGAAUCUAUUCGAGCUCUGAAACGUGGCCUGGAGAACGCCCUCAAUGAUGCCAAGCACUGGCAUGACAUUGAGCUGCAGAAUCUGGGCUCUGUUAUCGGGAAUCUCGAGGCCGAACUCGCUGACGUCCACGGAGAUAUCGAGCAGCAACGGCAGGACAACGAAACUUUGCUCAAUACAAAGAUGAAACUGGAGCUGGAGAUUGGAACGUAUCAUGGCAUCCUGGAUGUAGAGGAGAGGAGAUUUGGCUCUUCAGCGUGCCCAUGUGGUUCCUCAGUGCCCGAGGGACGGACUGCCCCCACAAAUUCCACCUGUGGACCACAGAGCGAUCUACAGACUACAGGUUGUAAUGCUCCUGGAGCUUCAGAAGAAAAUAGGAACGAAUGAAUUAUGUUCCAGCACAGUAUUGCUAAAUUCACAUUGAGAGUUCUAUGGUGGUGGAUGUCAACUUUUUUUCUUCACGGCCACA